AUGAAGGGUGACGAAGCCCUCGCCGGACGCGAGGAACGGAACAUUGCUAGCCAUCGAUUUCCUCCGGACCCGGAACAUGACAGAACAAUCAAAUUUCAAGGACUAUAUAUAUCAGUAUUCAACGAAGACACGCAGGAUCGAAAAACACUCGAGGAGAACGUCGCCGAGUACAAAGAUUUCGCAGUUCCGAAGGGCUACACGACGUAUGUGAGGGGAGUUGAAAUUGUUUGCUGGGUAAUUUAG